AUUCCGCCGCCUUGCAUACAGUGUUGGCGAGUGACCCGCCGGCCCGACGAACCGGCCGUGUGCAUAUAGGCUCGCCGCUCGUCGCGUGGCGAGAGCAUAUAGAAGCUCGCCGCUCUGCGCAUCCUCUCUCGCUGUCGGCCCCCGACGCGGAUACCACUCACUACUGUACUCGUCUAAACGGCUCUAUAGCACCCGGCAUCGUCGGCUUCCAAGGUCAAUCAUGCAGACGUCGCUGCUGGUCAUAGCGCUCCUCUACACUAUCGCCCUGUCGCACUCAUCAGCACAUGUUGAAUGGAAGGAUUUCAUGAGCUGUCUGCAGCGGAGAUUCGGCCGAAGUUUUUUCCAGGAGCAGCACGCAGACUGCGCCGCCCGCAAACUAUUCGUGAACUACAGGCGGUCGAUGUACUGCCAUAAUUGCAACGCCUACUUCCACUGCCAGGGUAACUACGAGGCAAUCUACGACUGCCAGCGUGACGGCCGCGCCCAGGAGGUGGCCGAGGCGUUCAGCGACUGCCGCGAGCACUUAGAAGGCGCCGGCUCGGACAACCUCGUGUACAGCGAGAUCGACUUGUACGGCCGCCAGGGAGGCAACUGCACGCAGGCGUACCUUGUCGACAGCCCGCGCUGCCAUUACAACCCGGCCACCGUCGUUUGCAACAACACACGCAUCGAGCCAGAAUCCUUCGAAGAGGACGAGUCCUGAUCCACGCCUGCAUCAUAUCUUUAAAAGGGAUGAACUCCAUGGUAACAUCGGGUACGACAGACGUAACGUGUGAUCACAACUGCUAACGAAGCACCCGUGGGCUCCACACUUCGUAGAUAUAGGCAUACCGAAUGGUAUACUGAGAUUUGAAGAUCUGCACACCGCCACUU